AUGGAAGACGAUGCUCCUCUCAGCCCGGAUCCGGGCCAGGAUCACCAUGGCGGCCAUCACAGAUCCAAUGGUCGCGUCUCUCUGUAUCGAGUUGGCUCUAAUAUGAGCAGAUCCAGCAUCUUUGAAGAUGUAGAGAUGGCUCAUGAAGAGCUCUACUCUGGACCGGUUGCUGAAAGUCUCCCCACCAGCGUAUCAGCUUUUUCGCACCGCAGACCACGCGCCGAUUCGACGACUAGCUUCACCUACUACGAUGACGAUGCCGAUGGCUUCCCAGAUGAGGAAGACGCAGAGAGCGUUGCCGUUCAAAGCAUUCCCGGCGACUAUAUUCGGCGAAGUGUUUCUGACAUUGGCGACUUGGAGUUUGGAGCUGAUGCUGUCGAAGAUGAGGAUGAAGAGUUGGAUCACGACUAUCGUGCCUCGGAAGAUGAUUAUGCCCUUCGCAGGCACUCUUCAUCGUACUCCCGAAAUUCGGUUCAUGCUCGUCUCUUGCGACGAGACAGCACGGCCACAAUCGGAAGUUUCCGCCGACAUGGUCGGACCAGCCAGAAGAUUUAUAUGGUCAACGAGGACCUCACGAUCGCAAUUGCAGGUUUCAAAACCAGUCGCGUCGGCUCUGCAGUGUACCUACUGCUAUGCAUCCUAACCUGUGGGCUGGCCUACCUUCUUUUCCGUUGGCUACCCCGGUGGUAUGUCGGCCUCCUUGGGCAGCCGUGCGCCCUGCGGGACUGCGAAUGGGUUGUCAUAGAAAACCAAUGGGGUGAACUUGUCACCAUGUCGGUUCGUUCUCAGCCAUACGGGCGGCCGUUGUCGACCGUUUUUGGCCUACCCGAGAAGUUCUACUCAGAAGUCUUGGAUGAUGAUGACCCUAUUAUCGAUGACCUCCGAACCCUCGAUUACCGUUACGUCCGACUUUGCUUCCACCCUCUCAAGGAUAAGUUUAUGCUUUUCAAUGGGUGGAAGGAUCCAAGUUGGACCGAUGUGCGGCUCACUCGCGCUGGACUUGACAGUGAUGAGAAGGGUGUCCGUGAGAUUGUCUUUGGCAACAACCUGAUUGACAUUGAGCAAAAGACGAUGAGCCAGCUCUUGGUUGAUGAGGUGCUCCAUCCAUUUUAUGUCUUUCAGAUUGCCAGUCUUGUGCUCUGGUCUCUGGACAGCUAUUACUACUAUGCGGUUUGCAUCUUCCUCAUGUCUGUUGGUAGUAUUACAGCUACACUUCUCGAGACACGGGCUACAAUGCAGCGUCUCCGCGAGAUCUCGCGUUUCGAGUGCGACGUUCGAGUCCUUCGUAACGGAUUCUGGCGGUUUGUCAGCUCCAGCGACUUGGUCCCUGGCGACGUCUACGAACUCAGCGAUCCCAGUCUCACACAGUUUCCAAGUGACAGUCUUUUGCUCACUGGAGACUGCAUUGUCAACGAGAGUAUGCUCACUGGCGAGUCGGUUCCUGUCUCGAAGCUCCCAGCCACCGACGAGACACUGCGCUCUAUGGACCUGGCGGCUUCUUCAGUGACGCCUGAGACGGCUCGACACUUCCUUUUCGCUGGCACAAAGAUCAUUCGUGCGAGACGGCCUCAAGACGAUCAGGAUGGUGAUGCAGUUGCGCUUGCACUUGUUGUCCGGACUGGUUUCAAUACCACAAAGGGGUCUCUGGUACGAUCAAUGCUGUUCCCGAAACCAUCUGGGUUCAAGUUCUACCGUGAUUCGUUCCGGUAUAUUAGUGUUAUGGCGAUUGUUGCUGCCAUCGGUUUCCUGGCGUCAUUCGUCAACUUCAUUAGACUGGGACUCGCCUGGCAUUUGAUCAUUGUGAGAGCACUCGAUCUCAUCACCAUCGUCGUGCCUCCAGCUCUGCCUGCUACCCUGACAAUUGGAACAAACUUUGCUCUAAGUCGGCUUAAGAAGAAGCAAAUCUUCUGCAUCAGCCCUCAGCGAGUCAAUGUCGGUGGAAAACUGGAUAUCAUGUGUUUCGACAAGACAGGCACGUUGACGGAGGAGGGUCUGGACGUUCUUGGUAUUCGAGUUGUCAACCGGGACUCCAACAAGUUCGGCGAGAUCAUCACCGAGCCUCAGAUGCUACUUGCCGAGGCCACGCGGCAGAAUGCCCAGGACACUUUCCGAGCAGCCUUGCAUACCAUGGCCACCUGUCACUCUUUGCGGUCCGUAGAUGACGAACUGGUCGGUGAUCCUUUGGAUCUCAAGAUGUUCGAGUUCACAUGCUGGUCAUACGAAGAAGGAAAACAAAACGUUGCAGAAGGCGAAGAUGAGGAACAAGGUGGACUUGCGCCAUCGAUUGCAAGACCUCCUAAUGCAAACCUUGAACUCGGUGUGCUUAAGUCGUUCGAGUUUGUCUCCCAGCUUCGACGAGCCAGUGUUAUUGUCCGUCAAUUUGGCCAGAAAAGCGGUGAUAUUUUCGUCAAAGGUGCCCCUGAAGCUAUGAGGGAGAUCUGCCGGCCAGAAAGCUUUCCCAGUGAUUAUGACGAGCUUCUAUCAUUCUACACGCACAAGGGCUACCGUGUCAUCGGUGUUGCCAGCCGUCAUCUCAAGAAGCUCAGCUGGGUCAAGGCUCAGAAGAUGACUCGAGCUGAUGUCGAAAGUAACCUCGACUUUGUAGGAUUCAUCGUCUUCGAGAAUAAGCUCAAGCCUACCACGGCGGGAGUUUUGGAGGAGCUUCUGGCUUCCAACAUUGGAGCUGUGAUGGUUACUGGAGACAAUAUCUUGACAGCCAUCAGUGUCGCUCGGGAGUGCGGCCUUAUGGAUCGAACUGCUCAUUGCUUUGUGCCUCGCUUCGUCGAGGGCGAUUGCCGUGAUGCGGAAGCAAAACUGCAGUGGGAAAGCAUUGACAACAACCUGUACCACUUGGACGAAGCAACGUUGCUACCUCUACCAGCGCCCCCGGAGGAUGAUGCAUCUCUGCCAUAUGACAUAUCCAACUUGCGCAAUUACUCAUUGGCCGUUCCUGGCGAUGUGUUCCGUUGGGUUGUGGACUUUGCAUCACCUCAAGUUCUCCAACGAAUGCUCAUCUCUGGCAAAGUGUUUGCGAGAAUGUCCCCUGAUGAAAAACACGAGUUGGUUGAGAAGCUGCAAAGCAUCGACUACACGUGCGGCUUCUGCGGCGACGGUGCGAACGACUGUGGUGCCCUGAAGGCAGCAGACGUGGGCAUUUCCUUGUCCGAGGCAGAGGCUUCUGUGGCGGCCCCGUUCACCUCCAGAGUCUUUGAUAUCGGUUGUGUCUUGGAGGUUAUCAAGGAGGGUCGAGCGGCCUUGGUGACGAGCUUCAGCUGCUUCAAGUACAUGAGUUUGUACUCGGCAAUCCAGUUCACCUCGGUCACGUUUCUCUACGCCAAGGCCUCCAACCUGGGAGACUUCCAGUUUCUGUUUAUCGAUCUCCUCCUGAUCCUCCCUAUCGCCAUCUUCAUGGGAUGGGCAGGGCCAGCACCAAAGCUCUGUCGCAAGCGACCCACGGCGGACCUGGUAUCGCGCAAAGUACUUACGCCAUUGCUGGGCUUCAUGACCAUUUGCGUUCUAUUCCAGACGGUGACAUAUAUCACAGUCAAGGAACAGCCGUGGUACAUUCCCCCAGAGGUGCACCGCGAUGAACCUAGCAUCCAAAACUCUCAGAACACGGCCCUCUUCCUGUUUUCUUGCUUCGAAUAUAUCUUGUCUGGAGUGAUCCUCAACGCGGGACGGCCGUUCCGGCAGCGGACAACGCAGAACUGGCCAUUCACCACGACUGUCGUUAUAGCCCUCUUAAUCACCGUGUACAUGAUUCUCGUACCGGCUCAGUGGGUGAUCAAUCUGAUGGAACUGACCAAGAUGAGCUGGGACUACGAACUAUUCCUUAUUGGAUUGGGAGUUGCGUACUUCGUUGUGGCCUGGGCAUUCGAGCACUUCUUGGCUCUACAACUCGCCCGAUAUAUCGGGGUUGUUAAGGAGCGAAUCACGGGAAAGACAAAGAAGCGCAAGGAGUACAAGAUCAUUAGGGAAGCAGCUCGGGUAUAA